UGCCCCCAAGCACAUUCACUAUAAAUUCACAGUCCAUAGCACCGGCACUGCUCGCAGUCUUCUUAAGGACUUCAGCAUCUAUAAGUGCAGCAGUGUGAGCAAGUGAUCCUUCACUCAACUUGCAUAAUUUGAAGAUGGACACCAGUAGAACUUGUGAAAGCAGCGAGGUGAGAAUUGAUCACUCUCUGAGUGAAGUGGAAAGGCAGCAUUUGACCAGAAGGACAGAGACUGUUCUAGACUGCCUGAAGCAACAUGGUAUAUCCUGCAGUGAGCAUGACAUGCCCAAUAUCGCAGUGCUGGGCUCUGGAGGUGGUUUGAGAGCGAUGGUUGGACUGCUGGGGUCACUGAGUCGGCUGAAAAAAGAGGGACUGCUGGACUGCAUCAUGUACCUGAGUGGAGUUUCGGGAUCGACCUGGUGCAUGGCAUCAUUAUACAAUGGACCAAACUGGUCCACAAAACUGGAGACUGUGGAAGACAACAUUGUCCAAAGGCUUGCUGAAGGCAGAGUCAGUUGGUCACAGAUGGGUCAAAAACUGGCAAAUUACUAUGCAAAUAAUGAAAAUUUCAGCCUGACAGAUGUGUGGGCAGCACUGAUUGUGUCUAAUAUGGUGAAUGAGAUUGAUGAACACAAACUCACAGAGCAGAGGGCCAAUUACACCAAUGACCCGUAUCCCAUUUACACUGUGAUUGACAAGCAGUGUAAAUAUGAUACACUGAAUGCAGAUGUCUGGUUUGAGAUCACUCCAGAUGAGUCAGGUUAUUCUCUCUCUGGAGCCUUUGUGGAUUCCUCCUGUUGGGGAAGCCAGUUUAAGAGUGGAGAGAGGAUAAAAGACCAGCCUGAGACUGACAUGCUGUACCUGCAAGGACUCUGUGGAAGUGCCAUCGCAGAUAUGGAAGAGAACAAAAAAUUCCUCUAUGAAGCACUAAAACAGCUGAUUGAAUACAUAUUUGGAUACACAGAAGAACGCCAUACAUCACAAAUACCAGAUGUGAAGAAAGGACAGCAGGCACUCUUAGCACUUGUGGAACUGAAUCUUAGUGUGAUCAGAGGGAAGGAUCCUAGCAUUUACCUCAAUAUCAUAGAGGACUUACUGAAAGAUAAAUAUGAUGAAAUUGGAAGGAUGACUUUGCGUCUAAAGAAGAUGAUGACAUCAGAAGGGAAAAUGACAGAGACAGAGUUACAGAAUUACAACCUGCGUGUAUGCAGUUUUAUCACUGACCUGUUUCGGGGGCAGGGUUCUUGGUUUGAUAUGUGGAUGGCCAUUGUAAGAUCUUUGAUACUGCUUGUGAGCUGGACCUGGGGGACAAAUUAUGACUUCCUCUACAGAAUGCAAGUGGAAGUCAUCGACCCCAGUGUCCUUGACUCAGAGACGAGACAAUAUGAGGAUGCUGGACUGUUACUGAACUCACCCUAUUUCUCAGUGUUGAGAAAAGAACGACACAUCGACCUCAUCAUUUCCCUUGACUUCAGUGCAGGAAAUCCCUUUGAGACGGUGGUUACAACUGCUAAAUUGUGCAAACACCUUCAGAUUCCUUUCCCUGAAGUUGUUGUACCAGCUGAAGAUACAGAACCACAGGACUUCUAUGUGUUUAGAGGAUACAGCAAAGCUCCGACUGUGAUUCAUAUCCCUCUUUUCAAUGCUGUUAACUGCAAAGGAGAAAUUAAGCAGUGGGAGAAAAGAUAUCAGACUUUUCAAAUGAGCUACACUCAUGAAAUGAUCACGGAUCUUCUGGAGAAAGCAGCUGAAAACAUCAAAAACAACAAGGAGAAACUGCUCAAGGAGAUUAUAAAAAUAAUUCAAGAGAAGAAAACUUAUAAGCACGGAAAGAUGUGAUGAGUGAAGUAUAACACAUCAACAUUAAUACUUCAAAAAGAGAUUUUAGGAUCUGGGUAGUCAGUAAGUUUGGUCACACUUUAUUUUGAUGUUCCCUCUAGAUGUUCUACAGAUAUUUAGCAUAUUUACUCAUGAUAUUGAAUUGAUUAUUAACGACAACAUGGUUAGGUUUAUGAGUAAGUGUUCAGGUUAAGAUUAGAAUUAGGUUAGGGUUAGAUUUAAUAGAAUCUAACACAAUUUCAGUUAAUAGAUAUUUAGAUAAACAUUAGUUAAAGACAGACUGAGCCUCUAUAAAGCAUCUAGAGUGGGUCAUCAAAAUAAUGUGAAAGUACGUUCUUUUAAUGUGUCAGAAAACUAAUAAAUAAUCAUUGUCUUGUGUGUAAUGAAGUAGUAAUCACUUUUGUGGAGGAUCAAAUGUCAGAAUAUCAGUACAGAAUAGCCACAUUUGUCUGUUGUUUUGAAAUCAUAACUGUGACUUUCAGUUUUUGUCUAAACAAAUCUGAAGUGUGGAUUGUGUCUUUCUGUCUUGUAUGCAUUUGAGAUUGUUCAGUUGGUGUCUCAUUAAAAGAUUAUGAUCAUAAAUGAUUUAUAAAUUAAACAUUAAUUAGAAAUCCUUUAAAAAUAACUAAAAGUAAGUCCAUAAUAGCCAAUAAAAUUCCUUGAUUUUUUUUCUGUUUGGAAAUUGAAAAACAACUCAAUAUCUGUCAGUCACUUGUUGUAUAAGGUGUGUAUGAUGUAGUUGGGGGCCUAUGUUUAAUUGAAUUUUAUGCUUGGCUUAUAUCUGCUUUACAACAGUUAGCAUGUGCUUGAUUUUUAUGAGCAAUAUUCUGUUUUUACUAUAAAUAUUGCAUGUUAAAUUCCUUUUUAUGUCUCAUGAAUUAUUUACUUCACAAGACAUUUCACAAUAACUAGCUUUGGUAGAAAGAUGGAUGGUACAUAAUUAAAAAGAAAAGUGAGGAUAACAGUAAUAGUGUUCCCAUAUGACCCUACAACAGUGACUUCCAAAUCGUGGUAAUGGCAUUGUGGGUUUGAUAAAAGUCUGAAGUCUGACAUUAAUUUUUAUUUAAUUUCAUUCCAUUAGGCAUGUGUGAUUCUGGUUACCAUUUCAGUGGCAUUUAGCAUUUGGUUAUGUGAUUGUAAUGUUUCUUCUUGUUGUGCCACUGCUAAAUAAAGAAAAUAUAUGGAUGAUG